UUAAGAGAAAGAAGUCUCACAUUUUACACUCUCCCCGCCGAUCCCAAUCAUCUCCCCAGCCUUCACGCUGCCGCGCCGCUUGCUUUCCUUUCCAUCACCGGUUGUCCAUCUCUGUCUCCCCGUCACACAUUCUCACAGCUCUGUUUCUCGACCCACCGUUGUCCGACCGCCGCCAGCCUAACACCUCAAAUCUCUCUCAAUGUCUCUACAAUUUCGAAUCCUAGAGGUGGGUAAGAGCUUCUACUUAUGAUAGUCUUUGCUGAGUGCGAAAUGUAAAGAGAUGGAUUAGAAAAAUGGCUUACAAUCUUCAAUCCCUUAUCACCAUCCUAGAACAAAUUCUUAAUCCUGAAGAACUGCGUUGGAAUGUUGGUCACAACAAACCACGACUCGAAUCCUUACUCGAAAAAGCCAGAUUUCUGCAGGAAAUUCUUGAAAAGUCUUCACUUACAAAACUAGGAAGUUUGGAGAGGCAAAUCAGAGAUGCAGCUUAUCAAGCAGAAGAUAUUAUUGAAUCAAGCAUGUUUCAUCAAAUGCUUUACACCCCUCAAGGGAUGAGGUUUACUUUCGUCACGCCAUAUCUACAUAAAGUAACACAACGGCUUGAUUCUGCGAAAGAACAAGUUGUGAAGCUUGUGGAGGGAAAGGCGAUGCUAGCUCGCAGUGGUGCUUCUAUCUCGCAACAUCUUGAAUAUUUGAAGCAUGUGGAGGUGGAAGAAAAGGAGAUGUCGGCCAUCAGUUCAAUGAGUACUGGUGCACCUUCCUCGAGCUUGAACAAGUACUUGGUGGGAAUUGAUGAAGAUCUGCUGCAGUUGAAGGAUCGGCUUACAAAUAUGGAGCGCAAGCUGAAGAUCAUUCCCAUCGCUGGAAUGGGUGGAGUAGGAAAGACUACACUUGCUCGAAAGCUUUAUGAAGAUCUAUUGAUUGUUGAUCGCUUUGAUGCUCGUGCUUGGACCACAAUUUCACAAGAUUACAAUAUGCGGGCAAUUCUCUUAAGCCUUCUUCGUUGCAUAAUUGGAAAAGAAUGUGACCAACAUGUUAAUAAGGAAGAUAAUGAGUUAAAGCAUAUUUUGUAUCAGAGCUUGUAUUGGAUGAUGUAUGGAGCACGAAAUUCUGGGAUGAGAUAAGGAUCUAUUUUCCAGACAACAAUGAGGGGAGUCAGAUUGUGAUCACUACUUGAGAAUCAGGUGUGGGGAAAUAUGCCAACUCUUCGAGUCUGAUGCAUCAUGUAUUCAUGUGCAGUUGCUAAGCAAUUCUGAAAGUUGGAAUCUACUUCACCAACUUGUGUUUGGAGAAGAGGAUUGCCCUCUUGUGUUCCAAGAGAUAGGUCAAAAGAUUGCGAGAGACUGCGGCGGGCUUCCUCUAGCCAUCAAUGUGAUUGGAGGGCUACUAUCUAAGAUCGAAAAAUCAAAGGAUGCUUGGGAGAAAAUUGGGAACAGCGUCACAGCUGCAAUUGCUCAAUCAGAUGAGCAGUUCUCUAGUAUAUUAUCUUUAAGUUAUAACCACUUGCCGAAUCACUUAAAACCUUGUUUCUUAUACAUGGAACCUUUCCCUGAAGACUAUGAGAUUAAAGGAUCUAUUGAAGAUGAAUUGCCGAAUCACUUGAAAUCUCAAGAUGAAUGAGUUAGAGUCGUUGAAAGAUGAGGACAUGAAAUAUAGUGUUCUAUUGAAGCUGCAAAUGAUUCGGCGCGUGUAUCUAACUGACUCGGCAAUCAGGAAUGGUUUCCUCAAAAGCAUUCCAAAUAUUAGAAAGUUGGGAUGUAACAUAAUGGGAACAUCCAUGGGAAUAGAUCAUAGCCAUCUUCACAAACUCAAAAUAUUAAGAGUCUUCAGUAGUUGUCUUUCCAGAGUUAUAUUUCCUUGUAAUAUCAGAAAACUGUUUCUACAUGAUUGUGCAAUAAAGCCGGGAGAGUUGACGACCCUACAUAAGCUGGAAGUGCUCAAGAUAAAUAGAUGCAUGUUUGGAAGCGAGUGGGAGAGUUGCGAUGGAGAUAUAUUUUGCUCACUGCAGUUUCUAUGUCUUGAAGAAUUGCGUCUUGUGCGUUGGAUAGCCGAUGAGACCAACUUCCCUAGACUCCGCCACCUAUUUAUAGAAGACUGCCCGCAUCUAAAGGAAAUCCCUGGCGACAUUGGAGAAAUCCCAACACUCCAAUUAAUCGAGUUAGUAGGUUGCAGCGAUUCUGCAUUGGCCUCAGCAAGAAGGAUUGAGGAGGUGCAACAAUCUGAAUACGACAACUACGAUCUCAGACUUCGUAUCUCACGUGAUCACACUGCGAAAAGGUAAAAGCCAAGUUCAUUGAUUUACUCAUUGAUUGCAUUUUCACAUACAUAUCUCAUCUCUACAACUUCAAGGUGUGGUUUCAGCAAUGCUGAUGAAUCAUGAUACCAACUUCUGAACUUCCCAAGACCUUCGACUCUUUGUUAGUUGUUAACCAGGGCUGUUCUUGAUGGAAUUCCAUGCUGAUUUUGUAGUUUUUGAGGUUAUUUUGUGAAUUGUAUUUCCACUUGUUUGAUCUUGUAUGGUUAGUGCUGUCCACAAUAUCUUGAAUGUCAACUUUGAGCAUCGUUAUGAAAUGGAGUACAUCAUUUCUGGGGCU